AUGAAAGGCAGCGACAUUGUGGACAAACUCUGCUCCGACCAGGGCGUGGACCUGACCCCCGAGCAGCGCCAGGACGUGGUGGCGACAGAGUCUGAGAUCUUCAAGAACAGCGGCCUGGAGGAGGCCGAGCCUGUGGCCAUUGUGAUGCGCAUUAUCAAGGAGGGUCGCGCGCGCGGCAUCCCCAUGGGCGUGGUCAGCGGCGGGGAGCACGCAGUUGUUGAGAAGGCGCUGGGGGUGUGCGGCAUCGGGGACGCGUUCCAGGUGGUUGUCAGUGCAAAGGACGUGGAGCAUGCGAAGCCGGCCCCCGACAUUUACCAGCUCGCGGCAGAGCGCCUGGGAGUGGACCCGCGCGGCUGCGUGGCGUACGAGGACGCGCCCCUGGGGGUCGAGUCGGCGCGCCGCGCCGGGUACUUGGAGGUUGUGGAUGUGACGUCACUCGACCAGCAUCCAGAGCGGGGCAUGAAGGACGGGGGGCGGGGGGAGGGGGCCGGGGAGGGGCUGAGGGGGGAGGUGGAGGACAAGGCGCGGGGCGUCAUGUGA